AUCUUCAUAGCCUCUCAUCUUAUAAAAAGAACAACUAAUGUAAAGAGCAACGUCCAUGCAAGCUUUUAAAAGGCUACACACUCCAAAAAUCUCCUUCAAUUUACAGAAAAUCAUUGCCAUGGCUGUAUUUAACACUCAGGCUGCUUUCUUCUGGCUUCAUAUUUUUGCUAUCGCUUGUGCACAGCUUUCAGAACAGCUGGACGAUACGAGUUAUGUAGAUGGCGUGACUACAACCUUGACUGGUGAGACUCGUCACUUCUACACACCAUCCACUCCGUCACCCGAAGAUAUUAACUGUUACGUUGACGUUCCCGCCACCAGAGUAGGUGGGCAAUGUGUGCGACUAGGAUUUCGCAGGCGGCGGGGAAAUCGGGGACGUCCGCAGGUAACUUGGGGAUGCCAAGCCGGAGUUCAUCUGUCUAUUAUACCAGAAUGUCAGAACCCACAAGGGAGAAGCCGAACAAACACAGACGGGUAAGCCUCGAGUACGCAAUGAUCUUGGAAGUUCGAUGACAAAUUGCAAGAUACAUUUUGGUAAAGGACAUUCACUUUUGGAGUAUUGCCUUCGUCAAGCUCGACGAAAAAAAAAAAAAAAAAAAAAAAAAGAAAAGAAAAAAAAA